GAUCCAUUCCUCCAUCCAUCUUUUCUCCCCCUUUUCCACCUCAGCUGCACCUCUUGACUCUCACAGUUCUUUCUUCUAAGACGCACAGACUGUCUCAUCAAGGUCUCAGAGGAAGAAAAGGCAUCACCUACUGCAGCCAUGAAUGGCACGGAAGGACCCAACUUUUAUGUCCCCAUGUCUAACAGGACUGGGUUGGUCCGCAGCCCAUUUGAGUACCCUCAGUAUUACCUGGCUGAACCCUGGAAGUACUCUCUUCUGGCUGCAUACAUGCUGUUCCUCAUCAUCACUGCUUUCCCCAUUAACUUCCUCACCCUUUAUGUCACUGUCAAGCACAAAAAACUGAGAAACCCUCUGAACUAUGUUCUGCUCAACCUGGCAGUGGCUGACCUUUUUAUGGUGGUUGGAGGCUUCACAGUCACACUCUACACAGCCCUGCAUGGAUAUUUCAGCCUAGGUGUCGCAGGCUGCAAUGUUGAAGGAUUCUUUGCCACCUUAGGAGGAGAGAUUGCCUUGUGGUCCCUGGUGGUUUUGGCUAUUGAGCGCUACGUUGUGGUCUGCAAGCCGAUGACCAAUUUUCGCUUUGGGGAAAAACAUGCCAUCGCUGGCCUUGGGUUCUCCUGGAUCAUGGCUCUGACCUGUGCUGCUCCCCCUUUGCUCGGAUGGUCCCGGUACAUCCCAGAGGGAAUGCAGUGUUCCUGUGGGAUUGACUACUACACUCCCAAGCCUGAGAUCAACAACACCUCAUUUGUCAUCUAUAUGUUUGUCCUCCACUUCUGUAUCCCUCUCUUCAUCAUUUUCUUCUGCUACAGUCGCCUGCUCUGCACUGUGCGAGCGGCUGCAGCCCAGCAGCAGGAGUCUGAAACCACCCAGAGAGCAGAGAAAGAAGUGACGCGCAUGGUUAUUGUCAUGGUUAUCGCCUUCCUGGUGUGCUGGGUGCCCUAUGCUACUGUAGCUUGGUACAUCUUUGCCAAUCAGGGGACUGAGUUUGGACCAGUGUUCAUGUCAGCUCCGGCCUUCUUCGCCAAGAGUGCUGCUCUGUACAACCCAGUCAUCUACAUUCUGCUGAACAGACAGUUCAGAAACUGCAUGAUCACCACAGUGUGCUGUGGCAAGAACCCAUUUGGAGACGAUGAAGCUGCCGCUGCUGUCUCCAAAACCCAGACUUCAUCCGUUUCCUCCAGCCAGGUGGCCCCUGCUUGA